AUGGGUCAGAGUAACGGGAAGCCCGUUGUCUUCACCGACCAAGUCAACCUCAACCACUUUCGGCUGCUACGUGUCGUCGGAAAGGGCGCCUUUGGCAAGGUGCGCAUUGUCGAGCGCAAAGAUACGGGCCUCACAUUUGCGCUCAAGUACAUCCGCAAAGAUGAAGUCGUACGGUCGGAAAGCGUUCGCAACAUCAUUCGAGAGCGCCGCAUGCUCGAGCACCUCAAUCAUCCCUUCCUGUGCAAUCUGCGAUACAGUUUCCAGGACAUUGAGUACCUAUAUAUUGUCGUCGAUCUCAUGAAUGGUGGCGAUCUGCGCUUCCACAUCUCGCGAAAGACCUUCACCGAGGAGGCUGUGCGCUUCUGGAUAGCGCACCCGACAACGUCCUGCUGGAUUCCGAGGGCCAUGUUCAUUUGGCCGAUUUUAACGUCGCCUCGGAUUUUACGCCACACAAGCCCUUGA